AUGAACGGUAGUAAAAUCAUCAUGCUGGAAGCACAUCAAGUACGACUCAUUGACUCUAUGAGUUUUAUCACCAUGCCGCUAGCCGCCUUUCCAAAAACAUUUGGUUUGACUGAAAUGGCAAAAGGAUGGUUUCCGUUUUGGGCCAAUACGCACGAGUUCCAGACUUACAAGGGUCCUUAUUUGCCACUAGAGUACUAUAAACCUGGAAGUAUGAAACCCGAAUCGAGAGACAAGUUUCUAGCCUGGUAUAAUGAGAAAGUCGACAACAAAGUCAUGUUCGAUUUUCAACAAGCGAUGGAGACGUACUGCAAGUCGGACGUAGAUAUCUUAAGAAGAGGGUGUGGCGAGUUUCGAUACCAGUUACUGGUCAGUGAUGACAUUGAUCCAUUCAUAGAAGCAUGUACCUUGGCACAAGCAUGCAAUAAAGCUUGGAGAAAGAACUCUAUGCCUGAACAAAGUUUAGCCAUCAUAUCAGAUGCGGGGUACCCCAAUAAAGUCAAAUAUUCAAUCAAAGGUGUGCGAUGGAUACAAGGCGAGGCAGUUACAGACGGUAUACACAUACAGCAUGCUUUGAAUGGUGGUGAAAAGCGUAUAGGACAGCACUAUGUAGACGGCUUCUGUGAAGAAAGCAACGUUAUUUACGAGAUGCUCGGAUGCUGGUACCAUGGAUGUUUGAAAUGCUAUCCCAAUCGAGACUUAAUCAACCCGUUUUCAAUGGAAAGUAUGGGCUCAUUGUACAGAAAGACAUUUCAGCGCUUUGAUGCAUUAAAACGCUAUGGGAUGGCCAUCAAGUACAUUUGGGAGUGUGAUUUCGAUGCACGUUGUAAGCAAGAUCCGCAGUAUAAGAGUCUCAUAGAUCAAUUUUAUCCACAUUUAGAGCCUAUUGAACCUCGUGAGGCUCUAUUCGGAGGGAGAACAAAUGCAGUACAACUAUAUUAUGAAGUAGAUGAAAGUACACAGCAAGAGAUCAAAUAUGCCGACAUUUGCUCACUGUAUCCGUAUGUAUGUAAAUACAAAGCCUAUCCUUUGGGACAUCCUGUCAUUCUGAGCCAGGAAGACAUAAAUAACGAGCAGAUACACACUUACAAAGGACUCAUUAAAUGUAAAGUGCUACCCCCGCAAGAUUUAUGGAUGCCAAUUCUACCUUUACAUUGUAACAAGAAAAUGGUAUUCACACUAUGUCGGACAUGUGCUGAGAAAGAAUGUACGUUCUGCCACCAUGAUAUAGAGGAUCGAGCCUUGGUCGGAACAUGGACGUCCAUCGAAUUAGCAAAGGCGCUUGAUAGAGGGUAUCAGAUCAUGGACAUUUAUCAUAUUUGGCACUGGGAGCAUUGGAGUGAUCAAGUGUACACUAAUUACAUUAACAAGUACCUGAAAAUGAAACAAGAGGCCAGCGGGUAUCCACCCUGGGUGAAAACCGCAGAGGACCAGCAAACGUUUAAAGACGAGUAUUUUGAGGCCGAAGGCAUAGAGCUGGAACAUAUUGAAAAGAAUGUGGGGAAACGAGCAUUUGCAAAAACCAUGCUGAACUGUCUAUGGGGUAAAAAUGCACAAAACAAUGUAUUAGCGAAAACGGAAUAUGUCAACUCAGUGUCGGGAUUUUAUGACAUCGUCACGAAUCCUCAUAUCACCGUGAAUUAUGUGGACAUGUUUGACCAUGAUGAAUUUAUCUUGAUAAACUAUUCAGAUCAGUCAGAUCAAGCACAACCUCAUUCAUCGGCUAAUGUGGUGGUGGCCUCCUUUGUUACGGCCUAUGCCAGACUUGAACUCUAUGCACAGUUGGAACAGCUAGGUCAACGGGUGCUUUACUUUGAUACAGACAGCUGCAUGUAUGUGUACGACCCUGAUCAAUAUAACAUUCCUAUCAUCAAUAGCCGCCUAGGUAAAUGGACAGAUGAAGUACCGGAAGGUAAAAUUGUGAAAUACGUCGCAUUGGGACCUAAGAAUUACGGCUAUGAAUAUAUUGUAGAAGGCAAGAGGUAUACAAAAUGUAAAGUGAAAGGUAUCACAUUGGACUACGAUACAACUCAAAAAGUCAAUUUCGACACGAUGGUAGACUGUGUGAAAGACAGAGAUAAUUAUUCAAGCGUGAUUCAUUAUCCAUCUCGCAUUCAAAGACAUAGAGACAGAAAAGUCACCAGUGGUCCACAAACGAAAACAUUUCGAUCAGUUUACACCAAACGAUUGGUCGUAGAUACAUUUAAAACGGUUCCAUAUGGCUAUCUACAUUCAUAA